AUGAUAAGUUUUUUUAAAAAAAAAAAUAAAAAUAAUAGUAGUAGUUUUAGUAAUAGCAGUGGAUCAUUAUCAUCAAGUUCACCUUCAUCCAAUAAUUCCUACUUUUCUUCUUCUUCAUCAACUAUUUCAAAUAACUCUAUAGACAACAAUAUCCCAAAUCAAAAUUCCCCACCACCAAUAAAACAAAGUAAAAUUAGUUUUAAUAAUUUAAACUAUAUAAAUAACAAGGUCGAAUCAAAUAAUAAUAUUAAAAAUAAUAACAAUAGUAUAAAUAGUAAUAAUAAUAUACAAAAUAAUAUACAUAAUAAUAUACAAAAUAAUAGUAAUAGUUCUAAUAAUAACAAUAAAAACCAUGGAUUUACUAACUGUUUACCAAUAUCAAAUAAUAGUUUUUUAACAAAAUCAUGUAUAAAUUUAACUACAUGCAAAAGUGCAUCUAGUUCAUUAUCAUCAAAUAGUUCAAAUAAUUCGGAUGUUACAAAUUUAAAUAACCCAAAUAUAGAAUCACCCAGCAUUAAAGGAUCUAAUAAUAGUACAAUAAAUUCAAAUAAAGAUGAUAAGAAUAAAAGUAAAGUUUAUGGUUCAACAAAUAAAAAUAUAAAUGGAAACAAUACAACAAGUAGUACAAUUUUAGAAAAAGAUAUUUUUCCAAAUGGGAUAAAGAGAGAGAUUAAGGGUGUAAUGUUACUUGGAGAAGGUAAUGACGAUGUUUUAAUUAGAGCAAGAACUUAUAUAAAUCAAUUGGGUGAACUAAACUUUACCAACGAAGAUUUACCUCAAUAUAUGUUUCCUUUUGGGUAUGAUGAAGACUCUCAAGUAUUAAUGCAAUUAAAAACACCAAAAAUACACCCAAUGUCAAAGCACGGUCUAGAUUCAGAUAGUGGGUCCGAAGAUGAAGAUUGUGGAACUACAGCAGCUUUUAAUCAUUUAAAUAAUAAAAACUUUUCAAGUAAAUCAUUAUUAAAAUCAAAAUCAAGCUUAUCAAAUUGGGUACCAGAUAGUCCAAUCAUUUCAUCAUACAAACCACUUAACAUUUCUAAUAACAAUAACAAUAAUAUAUUAAAUAAAAGCAAUCAAAACGAAAAUAUUGAUUUUAAUGGUUUUUCAAUAGAAUCACCAAAUUUAAACUGUAUCGAAUCUCAAAAUGAUAAUCAAGGUCCAACAAUAGAAGACUGUGAUAGUACAUUACCAAUUCCUAUACAUAUUAAUGAUGAAUUAUUUGUAAAGUCCAAAGAUGAAGAAGAUUUUGAAAACCAAGAAAAUUUAAAAACUGAAGAUAUUGAUAAAAUUGAUACAAUUAGGGUCAGCUUUGAUGAUACAACAAAUGAAAAUAUUUCCGAUGUAUGUUUCUCUCCAAUGGACUCCAAACAACUAAAUGAUGAUAUUGUUGGUAAACCUGUGGAGGUUUUAAAUAAAAGAACCCCAUCACCCAUUCAUCAAAAACUUUUUAAUGCAUCGCCUGCAGCUGCAUCAUUUUCACACAAUAUAUCACCAUUAAUCACACCAAUUUCAUCACCUGCAGUUUCAAGAAAUAAAAACAAUUUAAUUUAUAACAGAGUUCAAAUUGAAAAUAAUACACCCAAAUCUUUUCUUGCCUCGUCAAAAGAUAAGAUUGAUACCGAGCUAUUACAAUCAUUGGAGGCAUUAAUCGACUCACCACAAAGAGUUUCUAAUAAUAAAAUUGAAAAGUGUUUUGGUACAUCUCCAAAAGAAAAGAAAAAUAAAUCAAUCGAAGAAGAAAAAAUCAAACAAAAAGAAAUUGAAGACUUUAACAACAAGCAACAUCAACAACUUCUUGAAAAGGUAUCAACUGGUUUGGAAACUUUAAGACUAUCAAUUCAAGAUUUAAAACAAUUAAAUUUAUUAAGUGAAACAGAUGAUAUCAGUAACAAUGACAAAAAAAGUAUAGUUGUAAAUAACAAUUCAAGCUCAUCUAUGACUGUAAACAAUAUUAAAAUAUUUGAAAAAUCAAACAAUAAAGAACUACCCAAAAUAGAGAUCAAUAAUGAAAAAUUUGAAUGCAAAAUAGAAUACCAAAAACAACAAAUUGAAGAAAGAUUUGAUCUAGAUACGAAUGAUGUCUCAUCACUCUCAUCUUUACUUUUAUCACCCUCUUCAUCUUUAUUAUUCUCACCAUGCUCCAAUGGAGCAUUUUUAAAAGAACACGACGAUGAUCCCUUUGAUAUUUACUCACCACCAAACGAAAGCCAUUUUUUAAUAGAUCAUAAUGAAGAUAUUAACUUUGAUGAAAAAGCAGAUGAAAAAGAAACCACUUUAAAAAACCAAGAAAAAGCAUUAAACAAGUCAUCAUCAUCAGUUACAACAUCACCAUCAUCAUCACAACAAAAUUUAGAUAAAAUCAUAAAGAUUAAAAAUAAUUCAAAUAAUCAUCAUUUAUUUAACAAUAGCUUUAUAAAUUUAUUAAAUAAUAAAUCAUUAAUAAACUCACCAAAAGCAUCAUCAUCAAAACCAAACAAAGAAGAGGAAGAAGAACUAUUAGUAUCUCGUAACAAUAGUAAAAGAAAAAUAUUAAUACCAAGUAGAACGUUAUCCUCCUCAUCCUCCUUAUCAUCCUCAUCCUCGACCCUAACCACAACGACAACUACAACUACCACAACAACUACAACCACAACAAAAACCCAAGCAUUUACUCCUUUACCAACAAAGAUUAAAUAA